UUUGAGUCAGACACACUCCAUGCAGUACGCAGACCAUCCAUGAAGUUUAAAGAGACACUAUGCCACCAGAGCAUGCUGACGCAGUUACUUCUUCCAUCUUCUGGAGGUAGGGUAGCCUGCAUUCUGGAGUGAGAAGAGCGAGGCUAGAUGGUGGCAGUAACUGACUUAGAAUCCAUUGCUUCCUGAUGCUCAUGGGACCUUGCAUGAUAGUAAAAAAUAAAAAAGCGAUGAUCUCAAGCGAUGCAAUGCUUUCCCAUAGGAAAGCAUUGAGAGGCUAUUGCACAUGCACGGCAAAAAUCAGAUCUGAGAGUGGAGAUCAGCUGCUCUCCCUCAACUUAGUGAACAACCCCGUCUUCUCUUUGCUGCCGGCUAUAUCCAACCCUUGGACCUAAGGUGGUUUAUACGUUGACUUGCAUUCUACAGAGAACGUGAAGGACAACACCAGUAGAAUACUGAAAACAAGAAGGGGAGGGUCGCUUUGACGGAUCCAUAUGCCCUUAAUUCUUGAGCUAGGUGUAUAGCUCUGAAAUUUAUGAGUGUUUCCUUGUCACACUGUAACACCACUUUAUACUGUAUGUUUUUACACUAUUGUAUAUAUUUAUCCUCUUAAAGUUAUAAGACCUCGAUUAAAAGAUCACAUACCAUCAGGUAUAUAAGAUACUUUGCAGAUAUUACUUUAGUACCUCAUAUAUUUGUUUCACAUUAGGGCUACACCAAAUGGUUCAAUUCAGAGUAAAAAUGAAGCUGUAAUGCCUUUUCAUCAGUCAAGAAAGUUACCUCUUAAAUAAUGACUCAAUUAUUACAACUAUAAAACAGUCCUAGGUUUGAUUAUAAUAAUGUAAUAAUACAAUAUGUGGGGUCCACUUGGAAACUAGUGACUGCUAAAUGCACCAUUUUGGUUAAAUAGCAUUAAUAUUUUAUCUUUUUUUUUUUUUUUGACAUUCUUUAUUUAAGUUUUUCAAUAUUCAAUCACAGCAUGUAUAUCCAAUAUAAAUUAACAUGUGGUAACAGAUAAACGGGUCAGUUAUGUGUAUUACAGCAUCAAGAUGGUUUCAACUACUGGAUAAUAAAUUGUGUUUGAGUAUUUGGCUUCAGUAUAACAGUGAGCGUUCUUUUGUGUUGUGUUCUGUCGUUAGCCCUGUAUGGGGUUAGUCCCCUCUGUGGUCGGGUGCGAAUGGAGUUUGUGGUUGCUCCUCAAGAUUC